AUUCUAUUCUAUUACACGAUGAUACCGUAUUCCAAUGUUUUUGGCAAACUUCCAAAACGUGCACGCUCUUCAGACAUCCCUUUCCGCUUCUCUUUCCCCCCGCUUUCCCUCUCCACCCUGGUCUUCUCCGUUCUUCAUCUCUCUCACCAGUCUAGUUCCUUCACUUAACCUCUUCUCCUAGCAAGUGGCCUCCACCACUAAGAGCUCCGAUAUUCCCAGGUUGGACACGGCAUAGCUGGCCUUUGAAGCAUAAUUCAAAGUUUGAUAAGAAGGAAUGGUUUAUAUUGGGGCUCAUGGUGUUCAAGCUCUGCACCGAUACAAAUAUAGUGGCGUAGAUCAUUCGUACCUUGCCAAAUAUGUACUGCAGCCCUUUUGGAGCCGCUUUGUUAAUUUUUUCCCGCUGUGGAUGCCUCCAAACAUGAUCACUCUUACAGGAUUUAUGUUCUUGCUACUGUCUGCAUUGCUUGGCUAUAUAUACUCACUUCAAUUGGAUACAGCUCCACCGAGAUGGGUUAAUUUUGCGCAUGGCCUGCUUCUUUUUCUAUACCAGACAUUUGAUGCUGUUGAUGGGAAGCAAGCUAGACGAACAAAUUCUUCAAGCCCAUUAGGGGAGCUGUUUGAUCAUGGGUGCGAUGCACUUGCUUGCACAUUUGAAGCAUUGGCUUUUGGGAGCACAGCCAUGUGUGGAAGAAGUACUUUCUGGUUCUGGUUGAUAUCUGCAAUUACAUUUUAUGGUGCAACCUGGGAGCACUUUUUCACCAAUACACUUAUACUGCCAGUUGUAAAUGGACCUACAGAGGGUCUUAUGCUGAUAUAUGUUGCUCACUUCUUUACUGCUUUUGUUGGUUCUGAGUGGUGGGCUCAGCAGUUUGGAAAGUCUUUCCCAUUUUUGAACUGGUUGCCUUUUGUUGAGGGGAUCACAACGUAUAAAGUGGUAUUGUUUUUGAUGAUAGCUUUUGGUGUUAUACCAACAGUCACAUUCAAUGUUUGUAAUGUUCAUAAGGUUGUGAAGGCAAGAAACGGAAGCAUGCCACUUGCAUUGGCGAUGCUUUAUCCAUUUGUGGUGCUUGUGGGAGGAGUUCUUAUCUGGGAUUAUUUGUCUCCAUCGGACAUCAUAAGGAGCUAUCCACAUUUAGUGAUUAUAGGAACAGGACUAACUUUUGGAUAUCUUGUGGGAAGGAUGAUUUUGUCCCACUUAUGUGAUGAACCCAAAGGCUUGAAAACUGGAAUGUGCAUGUCGCUCCUGUAUCUCCCAUUCGCCAUUGCUAAUGCACUUGCAUCACGGCUAAAUGAUGGGGCUCCUCUAGUGGAUGAGAGAUUUGUUCUUCUUGGUUACUGUGCAUUUUCAGGAACACUUUACUUGCAUUUUGCUACAUCUGUCAUCCAUGAGAUUACGGAUGCCCUGGGAAUAUAUUGUUUCAGGAUAACUAGGAAGGAAGCUUAAGUUACUGAAUAUAUCGUUUAGGUAUGUGUGAAAUUUUGAGUAUCCAGCAAAUAGCAAUUGAGCCGGUCGACAUUUAUUUGGAAUAUGGCUAUUCCCAUGCCCGCAAAUAGAAAGAGUUUCUUUUUCGUAUUAAAAAAAUAAAAAUGAAUUUUCAGUCUAUUGAAAGGUCCAAAAUGGGCCGUUAAGUUGUGGAUAUAAUUUUAUGUUAUUUCUUAGAGUCGUGACAUAGUGUGCAAAGCUUCUUAAGGAGUUGUAAAAUGUAAUUUUAAUUACCGAAAAUGUUAAAAAUAGUUUUAGUAUUAAACCCUAUAGUAAUGUUUUAUUAAAAUGAAGUUGUGUUUGUUUGUUUGAUUUUUUUUUUUGAAUGAAAUAGCAUAAUUGAUGUUUGCUCGAAAAAGUAAUAAUUUGAAGAGUGUAAGAGUUGGAAUUGUCUGUUCCUAUUCUUGAGCUCUUGAUUAGGUUGUUUUCAAGAGCCAAUGAAGAAAACAAACUCUAACCUAGACUUGGUUGUUAUCCUUUGAAACUCGAUUUGACAUGUGUUUUGAUGAAAUAGGCUCGAACUUAUGAGGAAAGAGUUGCGUGAAUCUGGAGAAUGAUCUUAUUGUUUAAGAGGAUAUGUGUUGCUUAAAUUUAACAUUUAUUUGAAUAGGUGGUGUUUGUUAAA